AUGAGUACCCCGUACAACAAAACCAAAGGCCUCCAAGGUCUCGACAGUCUAGGCAACCACAUCUACCUCGAGAAGCAAGAUCGUCUCCGAGACAUUGGCAUCGACAUCCAGACAUCUCAGAUCGUCGUAGUAGGCGGCCAAUCCUCCGGCAAGAGUUCGCUCCUCGAACUUUUGACAGGUUUCGCCUUUCCCCGAGGCCAGGGCCUCUGCACCCGGUAUGCCACGCAGAUUACGCUGCGGCGGGCCUCGGUCGUGAGCAUUGUUGUCUCCAUCACGCCGAGGAACGAUUGUGAGGAGGAGCUGAAGGCGGAGCUGAGGGAGUUUAGGAGAGAGUUGGAGGAGUUUGAUCCGAAGGAGUUGGGAGAGAUUAUUGAGGAUGCUGCUAUCGUCAUGGGCAUUCGUGCCGGUAAUAACAAGGAUGAUAUGUCUCUGCCGAUGUUCAGUGAUGACAUCUUGAAGGUCGAAAUCUCGGGUCCUGAUCAACCUCACCUUACGGUUAUCGAUGUGCCUGGAUUGUUCCAGGUUACCGGCGAUGCAGGCGGCACCACUGAACUGGACAAAACUAUGGUCGAGAGAAUGGUGAAGAGAUACAUGCGGAAUGAAAGAACGAUUGUCCUAGCAGUUGUGCCUUGUCUUUCUGACCCGGCUACGGAACGCAUUCUUCAAAUGGCCAAGGAAGCUGACCCAGCCGGUGUCCGGACUAUUGGCGUUCUUACCAAAGCUGACUUGGUCUAUGAGAAAGCCGUCCUUAGCAACCUGCUUAAGCAAGUGCAAAGUGGCACCCUCAAGCUGGGCUACUUCAUUGUUCGCAACAGAGGUGCCGAUGAAGACGACCUCUCUAUCGACCAGUGCAAGCUGAAGGAACGUGAGCUCUUCCUCAAGCCGCAGUGGAGUGAGAUCAAUCGUAUCGGCCGCACUGGAGUUGAAGCUCUCCGGUCUGAGCUCCAGACCUUGCUCAUGGACCUCGCCAAACGAGAAUUGCCCAAACAAAAGGCUGAAGUCCUGGACAGACUCACUGAUUGCCUUGAGAAACAGAAGGAGAUGGGCAUCGCCAGACCGGAUGCUGUUACACAGAGAGAGUACCUCACCAAGCAUGCCUCCAAAUUCGAGCGCAUUGCCCGAGAUGCCCUAGAGGGGCGAUAUGGUGUCAACCCGAUCUUCGCUGAAGAACCCCAACUCAGGCUGAUCACCAAGAUCAUCAGUCUGAACGAAGGUUUCUCGGACUUGAUGUGGAGGAAAGGUCACCUCCGCAACUUUGAGGGAAGUACUGCGAAGGAAAAGACGAAGAGGUAUGACGCCGACGACUCCGAACCGUUGGAGUACGAAGAGCUGGCAAACGAAGCCCACUCCGCCGCUCUUUCGUACCCAGAGCUCAGAAAUGUCUUCCCCAAUGACAACUUUGAAUGUGAACCCCCUUCGAAUGAUCCGAUCAUGGAACACAUCGGCCAUUGUUACCGGGAGAGUAGAGGCCCGGAGCUCGGAACGUUUGGCGGCUCGAUGCUCCCCAUCACCUUCCGCGAACAAGCUCGAAAGUGGGCUCCUAUUGCUAAUGCUCAUGUUCGAACCGUAAUUCUCACGGUUCAUUGCUUCAUCAAGCAACUACUAUCCACCGUGUUUGUUGAUGAGCGCAUGCGGGAUGAGCUCUGGGAAUCAGUGCUUCACGAUGCCCUCAUUGUCGCCUACGCUCGCGCCCUUCGAAAGGCUGAUUAUCUUAUCGGCAUCGAGCUCCGGAGUUGUCCAUCAACAUACAACCAUUAUUUCGCCGACAACUUGCAGAAAUCUCGAACGGAAAGGAUGGAGGCGCAAGUCGCUGUCUUGGAGAAGGAGAGCCAGAGUCGGGUCGAACAAGGGAGUAGCGCGGCGGUAGACACCAGGGCCGAGCUAAAGAAGAUGGCCAGAGAAAAGAGCAACGCAGAGCAGGUCAAGGAGGAUAUUCACGAUACGCUCAAGAGCUACUACAAGGUGGCCAGAAAGCGGUUCGUCGAUGUCAUGUGCCAGCAGGCGAUUGACGACCACUUGCUGAACGGGGAUGACAGUCCCUUGAGGAUUCUGACGUCGGAUAUGGUGGCCAAGAUGAGCGACUCGCAGCUCGAUCGGAUUGCGGGAGAGGACGCGGCUACAAAGAGGGAGAGGGAGAGGCUGGACGCUGAGAUUGCGGGGCUGAAGACUGCUUUGGAUGUUCUGCGAGCCUGA